AUGCCCCACCUAUACCCGGCCGCUUGCCCGUCUCCCCCCCCGUUGCAACUGUUCGCGUGUGCAGCGGCGGUCGCUGUGGGUGGGAGAGGGAGGACGGGAAGGGAUUGGCGGCCCAACCAACGCGCCAGCCAGCUCGCACCCCGCCCAUCUCCCGUACGCCACCCGCAUCUGCACGACCCGUCCCUGCCCCGCCUGCAUCUGCCGCGUCAGCAACUGUUGUUUCGUCCCGUACCCGCAGUAUCCCUGCCCCUCCCCGUCCCUCCCUCGUCGCGCCUUCCCCCUCUACCACGCCUGCCUAUGCCGUGUUGGGCGGUGGUGGGUGUGGAGGACAGUGGGGGCGGCGGCGGCGGGAAUGGCGGGAGUUGUGGGAGUGGCGGGGUUGGCGGCUCAUGUGGGGGGGGUGGGGGAGGCGUGGGGGAUAGGGGUGCAGAGAUUCCCGCCAGCAGAGAACCCCGCCAGCAGAGAACCCUGCCAGCAGAGAACCCUGCCAGCAGAGAACCCCGCCAGCAGAGAACCCCGCCAGCAGAGAACCCCGCCAGCAGAGACCCCCCCCAGCAGAGAACCCCGCCAGCAGAGAACCCCACCAGCAGAGAACCCCGCCAGCAGAGAACCCUGCCAGCAGAGAACCCCGCCAGCAGAGAACCCCGCCAGCAGAGAACCCCGCCAGCAGAGAACCCCGCCAGCAGAGAACCCCGCCAGCAGAGAACCCCGCCAGCAGAGAACCCCGCCAGCAGAGAACCCCGCCAGCAGAGCACCCUGCCAGCAGAGAAUCCCGCCAGCAGAGAACCCCGCCAGCAGAGAACCCCGCCAGCAGAGAACCCCGCCAGCAGAGAACCCCGCCAGCAGAGAACCCCGCCAGCAGAGAACCCCGCCAGCAGAGAACCCCGCCAGCAGAGAACCCCGCUAGCAAAGAACCCCGCCAGCAGAGAACCCCGCCAGCAGAGCACCCCGCCAGCAGAGCACCACCCUCUGCCCUGCCUCUCCCCUCCCGCGGCUGCUACUAUGGGGGGUAGGUGGCAGGGACGGGGGGGUGGGAGGGCUGGCUGCCGUGUGAAGGACAGGGCAGAGACAACUGUGAGUGGGGCAGGGGUGUGGAGGAAGGAAGGGAGGGAGGGGGUGCGGUUCCAGGGGGCGGACGAAAUGGGGGGUGAGGUUGAAGGAGGGUGGUUGAUUGGGGGUGGGGAUGUGGGGGUUAGUAAGAGGGGACGCUGCGGCCACCCCCCCACCUCCUCUCCUCAUCCCCCACUCAACCCCCCUUUCGUAAAAGGGGGUUAG